UAUCAAGCUUAUGUGUCAUUUUACCAUAAGUUAACUUUUUGAAAGUUAGUGUGUCUUCUUCAAGAGUGUACUGUUUCUACCCACAUAAACGCUCAUCUCUCGUCUACUGUAUAGCUAUACUCGUAUAUGUGUAUGUACGAGUGUUGGGAAUCGCUCAUUGAAAAUUUGUUAAUGUUUGGUUGGCGCAGUUCCCCCAAAAGCUUUUCGCUCAUAUGACCAGUGUGUGCGAAUGUAUGUGAGUGCCAAUGGGGGCAUACGCUAGCACUUGCUGACAUACAUAAGAGUAUAUUGUAUGUAUAUACGUACAUAUAUAAACUUCCAUAAAUAUCAAUAUGUUCAUUUUAUUAUGGCACAUUUUUGUAUUAUACAUUCGUGUAAUUGUACGAUUUAUUUGGAGCACUGAGAGCGUGAGCGCGCUCUCGCGAGCGCAGUUAACAGACCCAGUUGGGUUUGUUGAUGUGGAGGCGCGUUUGGAGCGCGAGCGGGGUGGACUUAAAAAUCAAACUAGAGUUUUACAACAAUUGCAAUAUGAACGCUGCCAAAAAUUGCAUUGCAAGCGCAGCGACAGCGCAGUUAGCCGUGAUGCCUGCAAACCGACAGCGCAAUCCACGCAAUGCAUACGAAAUAAUAAUGUAUGUACUGUCAGCGAGUUGGCUAGUAAAAACUUGGCGAGAGUAAAGUAAUAUGCUUGCACUAGUUUAACGCUUAGUACGGUUGGCGGCGGCAGCGGCGCCGACGGCACCGAGGUUGUUAACGAUGACGAAGACAACGUUGAUUGCGACAGCGCGCCAAUGACGACUACCGACGGCGCCGUUGCAGACUGUGCUGCUAUGCGGCAGCGCUACGUACGGAGUACUGCGUGAAUCCUAGCGUUUGCUUGGGUUUAGUUAAUCGAGAUUCGCGGUUGAUGUUGGUCGUGUUUUCGGCAAAAAUUUUCUGCUGAACUGAAUACAUACAUAGUAAAGAUAAAUAAUUUCAAAAUUAAUACAAAACAAAAAUAACAGCAACAAUAACAAUAAUGAAACAGUGUCAGCUCAGCGCUUCUUACCUGCCUCAACAAAAAUAUCCACAACUCGAUAUAAAGCAUAGAAGUGUUUGAAACAAAAGUAAAAAGCGAAAAAGCAUUCAAGAAAUGUAUGUAAAAUAUCGAAAAAAUUGUGUCAAAGUAGAGGAGUAUUUAUAUUCAUUUAUGCGGUAGUUAUUGAAUUAAAUAACAAAUAGAAUACGUAUACAUUCAGUCGGUUAAUUGUAACGGUAACUAAUUGAUGAUGAUUUCGGUGAAGAAAACGAAUUUUUGAAGCAGAAGACAACAGUCAAUACAGUCGGAACUUGCUUGGCAAAUAUUAAAAUAAUAAUAACAACAACCAAUAGCAAAAUUUUCAAAUAAACUAGCACUUGCAAAAUUCUCAAAAUAAAUGAAAAAACCAUAACCCACAGCGCCAGCAAAACACAGCGGAAGCAGUUAAGUCCGUGGCACGGCCACCAGCAACCAAAGCAACAACAAGCGUAUUAUACAAAAAAUAAAAAUUAAAAACAAGCAACUAAUGAAACCAACAACUAAACAAGCUUGCCAGCCAAACACGGACCAAGUAGCCAACUAAAGUACACCAACACACACUGUGGCAAUAGUAGUUAAACAGUUGGAGCGAGUGAGUUGUGGCAUGUGCAAUAUUAUUUGCAACGGUAACGGCUAACCAACUCCAACUAGCUGCAACGAGCCGCGCGCCAGCAUUGUAACAGCCAUAGUUGCCGUUUAAAAUUUAAAGAAUAAUAAAAAUAAAUCAACGAAAAACAAACAAAACUUCUAAAAAUUUAUUUUUCGUGUGUUUUCAACGCUGGCAAAUUGUGCAACAACGCGCUGCGCUGUACCAAAUACGAGUGACGCGAAUGUGUGUACCUUUAUUAUUAUUUGAAAAUAUUUACGUUCUUUAGUCAACAACAAAAAAUGGCACGCAGUACUUUAUAUAGUGGAAACAGUGUCAAUAAGUCAGCAUUAGCAGUGCCACAAAUAAACUAUAAAAUUUUAAUAAAGCUAUAAAUUGCAACAAACAACAAAAACAAGUAUUGUGUGUUAGAUGUGUGUUCGUGAACUAAGAAAAUUCAAAAUAAAUUUCCAAAAAAUAAAAUAUAUGUAAUUAUACUUACCAUAACUACAAACAGUAGUGAAAAGGCGUACAAAAUUUAAACAAACCUGCCUCCCUUGCAACAAUCCUCAUGAAAACACUUUUCCUCCAAAACUAGUAAAUAGCAAAUGUUAAUGCAACUGAGUCAUAAUUUAUCAAGUGCAACUUCAAAGUAAACCAUUGUAAGCCUCAUUACCAAAAACAAGCAAGAAAAACAACAAAAACAAAUCAAACAACAAAAGUGCAACUCUGCGUGUGCCUCUGUUGCAAUUCAAGUGCAAUCUCAACGUAAAACAAACACAAAAAGGCGAACGAAAAAGGCAAAAAAGUGUAUCAAGCGCAACAAUAACAAAAUAAUAAAUUUACAACAACGAAUGCAAACAGUAGCGCAAAAAAGUGUGUAAAAAAGUCGUAAGAGCAACAAUAAUAAAAAGGCGAAAUACGCAAUAACAACAACAUACAUGUAUGUAUUUGUAUGAAAAACUGCAGAAAGUGCACAAAGAAGUUUUCAAACCAAGUUCUGCUCUGAGCCAACAACUCCCACCUGAAAAUGCACUAGCUGGUGCGUACACUUUAGAGUUUUCUGAAAAAACUCAAAGUAAUUACAACAAAAAGGCAAACAACAAAAACAAGUAAAACAAACAGUGAGAAUAAGUGAUGAAAAAUCGAAAUAUUACAGUACCUGCAUAUAAAUAUAUAGAGCGUAUAUAGUAUGUAUAUAAGUAUAUUACUGUUGUUGUUUUAAGUGUUUAUAAAUCAAUAAGUGUAUGCAUAACGCUAGCAUAAUUUAAAAAAUUAGCAGCAAAGAAGUUAUUCAAAGAAAUUUAAAAAAAAACGGAAAUUAAAAAAAAAUUGCUAGACUUUGUGGCAUGCAACAUCAAAUUUCGUGCAAAUAAAAGCCAAAAAGUCGCAGCGUUCGCGUUUAAUACUUUAAACCCGUAAGAAAUUUAAAUAAAAAUUAUUUAAAAAUCGUUACACUUUAAUAAAUUAAGUGUUCAACGCAAUUCAUUAAAACAAACAUCAGCAAUCAAUCAACCAAUACACCUCAGACGCACCACCAAAUGUUAAAUAACAAGAAAUCUAUAUUUAAUUAAUUAAAAUUAUUAAAAGCUAAUAUAAAAAACGAAUUUAAGAAUACAAAAAUUUAAUCAAAUAUUCGAAAAAUCAUAAAAACACAAAAGAAACUAAAAAAUUUACACGCAAACUGCAACGCGCUACAUAUAUGAUCGUGCGUGAAAGCAAAUUUUGGUAAAAACGCCAAAACUCAGUUUUACAACGAAAAAUGUAGUAAUAAUUCUAUUGUUGGUAUUUAACAGAUAAAUUUUAAUAUUCUUUUUUCCACACAUUUAUUUUUUUGUCGCUGUGAAGUGUGAAAUCGCUACUUACAACAAGCACGUAGUGUUACAACAACAAUACAAAAACAAAAAAGAUCAACCAAUUUUACAUACAAAACAUCUGCAAAUAGUGACAACAAGAACAAACCAUUGUGCGGGUCAAAUCGUCGAAGCGCAAGCCAGCAAGCUAAGCGCAACUCAAGAGCAAAUAAAUAAGGCAUAAAGCAAGAAAUCAUAUUGUAUGCAAAACAAAAGCACAGCAAAGGUAUUUGCCAUUUACAACUAAAGAAAACACAAGAAAAACGUAAUAAAAACAAAACGUCACACACGAAAAUUCCCAGCAACGCGGCAACUGCGCAGAAGUGAUUGUGUUUGUGCCGCGCCGCGUGCGUGAGUGUGUGUCAAAGAAGUGUUAAUUUGUGCAGCGUACAUCACCGCGGUAACAUCGAACGUCAAAAUAUUGUCACCAACAACGACAACAACAGCACCCAGAACUGCUGUGACACAUAACAGCGCAUAUCAGUUAGUCACACAGUCAGUCAGUUAGUCGCUGCAACGCGCGCGCACUUAAGCACUCACUGUGUACCUUUUACGUGCCGACAACAACAGCAAUAACAGUAAUAACGGCAGAAACACCUCGAGGCGUGUCGUUUUGUAACAUCUACACUUAUUAUCCACGCCCUGCCCAAACAAAACAUACCCAGCAACAUAUAUAGCAUCUAGCAUAAGCGCACCUAAAUUAGCUACCAAUUACCUAAACGCUGUAAAAGUAGACCUCAACGUGAACUCAAACUACCUACGAACCUUUCUACCAAAACUACCAAGCUACCUGUUAGUCCUAGCGCGCACUGUAUUGUUGUACGCGCGCGCUUACUAAACUGCCUACGGAUUUAUAAAGCGUGGAAUUGUCGUCCGUCCAAACACUUACAGCGCAACACACACAUACCAUAUUUACAUACAUACAUAACAACCAACAGGAAGCGUUGCAAACGAAUUAGUGCGAAUUAUUAUUAAUUGGUACUGAGCGCGCAGACAUUGGACGCUUACCGCUUACUUAUACGACAACCAGCAGCCGAAGCAGCGGCAGCUUCACGCAUAGCUUUUGUCUUGCUACUACUACCUUUUAACGUGUUGCCUACGUACCAAUUUGCUGCAUAUUCGUUUAGUGUUUAUAUAAAUGUUGUGUGCGCUGGACGCGUUCGACAGUGCAAUUGUAGUAGUAGCAGUAGUAGAGCGUGAAAAAUGUUAUUAGAAAUGGAACAACAGCAAGCAACGGCGUCGUUCAUAUCGUCGCUCAAUAUGUCACCGUUCACCAUGCAACUGGAUCCUCAACAGCCGUCCAGUCCCGCCUUGGGUGGCGCAGGCGGUCCCAAUAAUGGACAGACGAACGCCAGUUCGGGCGCUGCAGCCAAUCGCAGCAAUACGGAUGCGAAUGCCUUGAGUGGCGGCGACGCGGAUUAUAGCAGCUAUGCGCUGCACUUGAGCGCUGGCGGUGGCGGCAAUGCGGGCGGUGGCAAUAGUGAUGGCAGUGGUGCCACAAAUGCAGGCAGCACACAUCAUCACCACCAUCAUCAACAGCAGCAGCAACAGCAUCAUCAGCAACAGCAGCAGCAGCAACACUAUCAAACACAACAGCAGCCGCAACAGCUGCAGCAGCAACAACAACAGAAUAUUGCCAACAAUCCCAACUUUUCAUAUUCGUACAUUUAUAAUUUUGACUCACAAUACGUAUUCCCGACAGGUUAUCAAGACAAUACGUCAUCGCAUUCGCAGCAGAGCGUUAGCGGUGGCGGUGGUGGCGCUGGUGGUGGGGGCGGCGGUGGUAGCAGCACCAGCAGCAAUGCCACCAAUGUUGUGCUGCUCAAUGGCAGCAAUGCGAAUGCUGCUGGCGGUUAUAUGACUCUCCUGCCACCGGCCACGUCGAGUGGCCAUAUGGGCAUGUCGUCGGGUGGCACUGGCGCUAGCGCUGGUGGCUCCGGUGAGGGCAUCGAUUUCAAGCAUUUGUUUGAGGAAUUGUGCCCCGUUUGUGGUGAUAAAGUGAGCGGCUAUCAUUAUGGCCUGCUCACGUGUGAGUCGUGUAAAGGUUUCUUCAAGCGCACCGUGCAGAAUAAGAAGGUCUAUACGUGCGUUGCCGAGCGUUCGUGUCACAUCGAUAAGACGCAACGUAAGCGCUGUCCCUACUGUAGAUUCCAGAAGUGUUUGGAGGUUGGCAUGAAACUUGAAGCCGUGCGAGCGGAUCGGAUGCGUGGUGGUCGCAAUAAGUUCGGACCUAUGUACAAACGUGAUCGGGCGCGAAAGCUGCAAGUCAUGCGGCAGCGGCAACUCGCCCUCCAAGCGCUGCGCACAUCCAUUGGUUCGGUUGAGAUGAAGUCGUCGCCACUCUCGCCAGGAUACCAACAACCAUAUCCGAAUAUGAAUAUAAAGCAAGAAAUUCAAAUACCUCAGGUGUCCUCACUCACACAGUCACCGGAUUCAUCGCCCAGUCCCAUCGCCAUCGCGCUCGGACAGGUCAACACAAGUGGCGGUGUGAUAUCGACGCCCAUGAAUGGCGGCAACGGCAGCGGCGGCGGUGGCGGUGGAGGCGCUGGUGGCGGCGGUGGCAGCGGCAAUGGCGGCAAUACCAGCACCAACAGCAACAAUAGCAACAACACCAGCAGCGAUGGACUCAACCGCAGUGGCAGCGGCAAUUGCCAUGACACUGGAACUGGAUCUCUGCAGAAUGCGUCCGAGUCGAAAAUGUGUUUCGACUCUGGCACGCAUCCUUCAAGCACAGCCGACUCCAUCAUCGAGCCGCUCAGGGUGUCACCGAUGAUACGUGAUUUCGUGCAAUCGAUAGACGAUCGAGAAUGGCAGACCCAGCUCUUUGCGCUGCUACAAAAACAAACCUACAAUCAAGUGGAAGUUGAUCUCUUCGAGCUGAUGUGCAAAGUGUUGGACCAGAAUCUGUUCUCGCAGGUGGAUUGGGCUAGAAACACAGUCUUCUUCAAGGAUCUUAAGGUUGACGACCAAAUGAAAUUGCUGCAGCAUUCCUGGUCCGAUAUGCUUGUGCUCGAUCAUUUGCAUCAGCGAAUACACAAUGGUCUACCCGAUGAGACGCAACUGAAUAACGGUCAAGUAUUCAAUCUGCUGUGGUUAGGCCUGCUUGGUGUGCCGCAAUUGGCUGACUAUUUCAAUGAGCUGCAAAAUCGUCUACAAGACCUCAAAUUCGACAUGGGCGAUUAUGUGUGUAUGAAAUUCCUAAUACUACUCAAUCCAGAUGUGCGUGGUAUUGUCAACAAGAAGACGGUCUUGGAGGGUCAAGAGAAUGUACAAGCAGCGCUACUGGACUACACGCUGACCUGUUAUCCAUCAGUGACGGAUAAAUUCCGACGGCUACUCAGCAUACUGCCCGACAUCCAUGCGAUGGCUUCGCGAGGCGAAGAUCAUCUCUAUUCGAAACACUGCGCCGGUAGUGCGCCCACACAGACGCUACUCAUGGAAAUGUUGCAUGCAAAACGGAAAGUAUAAAUCCGCUGGGCCUACACAUAACGGUACACAUGUAAAGGAUUGUUCAACUUAGAUAUAUAUAUAUCUAUGUAUGUAUGUCAGAGGACGAUGAAAGCGCUUCAAAUGCGGCAGGCGGCAAUUUCGGUGGGUUGUCGAAUGGCGCGGAAUAAAAUCCAGGGUUGGUUUUUAGUUUUAAAUCAUAAGAAAUAAAAUUAAAAAAUGUAAAACAAGAACAUUUAACAGUAAAACAACAAUUGGGAUGUUAAGCUACAAACACAUGUACGAUAGAGCUACAUACAAUAUAUAUAUUUACAUACAUGCCUAGAGAAUAAUUUAGUAGCACUUGGAACUUACGUUAUUCCCAUUCACCAAUGCAAUUCAACUGCAGAAUGUAAAAACUAAAAAAAAAAAAAAAAUACAAAAAAAGAAACAGAAGAAACGUAGAACGAACGAGCGAGCAGCGCGUAGAUGUAUGUAUGUUUACAGUUAAGGCAGAGAAAGAUAAAUAAUAUAUUUUUCAAAUGGAUAUAUAUGUAUAUUGAUAUAGCUUAAGCGUUUAUUCAUAUUAAAAUAUUAAAUGAUAUACUAUAUAGAUAUAGAUAUAUACACACACACAUGUAUAUGUGUAAAUGUAUGUAAUUGUAUUAUAAGCAAAAGUAACGGAGAAGCAACACAGCAAACAAUGUGUUCGAAAAACCUUUUAAAUUGUUAAGCAUUCAAAUCGUAUACUUCUAUGCCUAAAUUUAGUACAACAAAAACAAGUAAUGUAUCUGUAAACAUAACCCUCAUUCAAAAAACUGGAAAACUAAACAAAAAUUGCAGAAAAAUGCUAAAAGCAAACUAAAAAUUAAAUCGCAAAUCAAUGCUAAACGAAGGACGAAAGCUCUGCGUGCACUGUGUGCGUAUGUGUGUACAAAGAAUAAUAAUAAGAUAAUAAGUUUUUUUUUGUAAUGUUUUUGUAGACCCAAAAUGAUUUUUGACAAACAGUUAUUAAUUUUCAAAAUUUUUAACUGACCUCGGAUUAAAAUUUGUAUAUAAAGAAAUUGUAAACAAAAUUGUACAGGACCAUGAAUUGGGCAUUUUGCUAGAGGCAUAGGCUCCUCCAGUAUUCGCUAAGUUUUACGGGCGGUAAAGCAAAUUAUUGGAAAAAUUAAGUUAAACGAGAAAGCUGGCGUUCUGGGCUACACACUAUUCGUGCGUAGGUUAUGUUUACGUAUUAAUUUCGUUUCGAUAAUGGACGAUACGUUUUUGAUGUUGGGGGGGGAGGGGGCAUAAAUUCAAAAAACAGCAACUUUAACCAUUAUUCAAAAUUUGACGACAUUUUUUGUUGGUAUUAGAACAUUUUUUGAGGUUAUAGCGGAAAAAGAUUGACAAAAGUAUGUAUUUGCUUUCAUUUAUUUAAUAAAUGUGAGUUAAUAAUUGUUUCCAUGGAACAAAAAUUUAAAAGAACAGAAGAGAUUUCAUUUAAUUAAAAAAUAAUGGAACAUUUUUCGAUCUGCUGCCAUUCAGUAAUGGAAUAUUAAACCGAAUUACUUCACUAUUUUUUCUCACAAUUGAUUUUACAUUUGUCAUUUUUCUUUCUUUAUUUUAUUUUUUUUUUUAAUUUAACAAUUUUUUAGAAAACAUUAGUUUUCAUUUCUUUCUUUUUGUGAUAAUUUUAGUUAUGAUUUUAAUUAUUUUUUUUUUACCUUUUAAUUAACUUUUUAUAUUAUUAUUUAUUUCUUUGUUUUAAUUUACCAAUUUUUAGACAACAUUAUUGCGCAGUUUUUUUUUGAUAAUUUUAGCUAUAUAUGUAUGUGCAUAUGUAUGUAUGUGUUUGAUUUUUCUGGCUUUUUAAUUCAUUUUUUUCAUUUAUUGUCAUUUUUUGUUUAUUUAUCUUUACUUAUUUAAUAUUUUUUUUUUUUGUUUAAGAUUAUUUUCUGCAAAAAAACAAACAUUUAGGCGUUUUAAAAAUACUUUUACGAAUUUUGAUGAUAUUUUGAAAAUUGUCCAAACUUUUAUUAUAAAUAUCGGGUACUACUCUUUGAGGCGGAUUUUUUGUGGCACUACAAGAACAACAUUUUUAAUUAUAUUUUUUUAUUUGUAUUCCUUUUAUUUCUUUGCACUUUAUAUAUUUUUAUUACUGUUUUUUAUCUUAUUCUUAUUAUUCUUUAAUGAUACAUAUUGAGAACGUAUUUCGAAUUUUGUUAUUUACUAUUGUAAUUAAAAUUUAAAAUGAAUACGAAUUGUAAAAUAGUUUUUCAAAAUUUUCGUUCGCACCUACAUAUUUUAACAAAACCACUUAACUCGACUUUGUUUUUUCAUAUUUGCAAGCUGUAAAUACAAUUUUCAACAAAUUAACUAUUUAAAGUUGUCGCUCAGGGGAAAUGUGCAAAAAUUGAUUUAAAAUAUUUAAAUUAAUUAUUAAAAACAAACAUUUGUGUUAGUGGCUUUGUCAUCCGAUAUUUGUAAAAAACAAAAUUUAUUAUUAUUUUACUUGCCUCAACCAAAAAUUGGCUUGAGGAUAUAGGAAGGUAAUAUUCGCUUUAUUAACAAGAAUGUAUUCGACUAAGAGCUUAGAAGCUUAAAGGCUAGUACUUUACAGAAAAUGCGCAGCUGCAUCAAAUAUGUGAGAAUCAGAGAAAAAGAAGCUUGGCUCAGUGUUGUUUAUUAGUGCAAAAUUUUUACUUUGAAAUUAUUACUUGUUUCUUUUCGCUGGGGCUAAAAUACGUAAAUUAACAGGCUAAGAGAACAUAAAAAAUAUUAAUUGUCACGAUUUUAGAAUUUUUCUUACAUUCACUUGGUUUAUAACAAAUAUUUAGAUAACGAGUUUUAGGCGUUUUAGUCGUUUAAGCCUCCAAAUCAUCACAUAUUCUUCCGCUACUUUUUCUUUACUUAAAAAAAUUUUAUUUUUAUUUUGUGUUUUUUACAUCAUAAUUUUUUUAGAUCUAUUAAAUAUUUUUUUUUGAUUAGAACUGUUUUCAUGUACACACACAAACGCAUAGCUUUCGUAAAAGUAGAAAAAAGUAAUUAAAAAAAUGGAUAUACAAAAAUCCAAUAACAAAAAUAAAAACAACUUUUGCUGCUUAUAAAUGUGUAAAUAAAGUUAACUACCUGAUUUUUUCGAAAAUUUUAAGCUAAAGAAAUAUUAAAAUAAAUGCAUAUAAUAAGAAAUCUGUACACAAAAUUACAUACAUAUAUGUAUGUCAAAAGUACUAAAACAAAAACAAAAACACGAACGAAAAAAAAGGAAAAAAUCCAAAUACAUAUUUACAACCACACUCACAUGUAUACAUAAUUAUUUACUAAAUUUGUUGACGAUUGUAUGAUUAAUGUUAAAUAGUGUUCUAAUGUUAUUAAUUGUUAUAAUUAGUGUAUUAUAAUGUACAUUUAUAUGCAUACAAUAUAUGUUCGUACUAUUUAUGUAUGUAUGUAUGUAGUAGAUAUGUAUGUAAUUAGGGCUUUAUCGGUUUAAGUAGUUUUUUACUCGCAAAUUUUUGAAAAUUUCAUAAAAAUCGUUUUGUUGUUGUUGUUUAUUUUUUCCUUUCACUACUUUUUAUAUACAUAUAUGUACACAUAAUUACACACACACACAAACAAAUACAAUUGAUGCUCUUUUAAGCGAUUUUGUGUCUUUUUUUCUUAUUUCAAAAAAUAAAAAAAAUCAUUCUCUUAUUACUAUUAUUAUUAUUAUUAUAAAUAUAUGUGUAUAUUUGUAUAUUAGCCUUAAGGUUUAUAAUAGCAUAGGUGUACAAAAGAAAUAAUGAUAAAUAAAGCAAAAACUAUUUGAAAAUAAUGCAAAACAAAAUUCUAGCUAGAAACCUUUGCUCCCGACAACAAACAAAAACAACAUAAGUAACAGUAAUUUAUUUCAAAGUGUCCUACGCGUUGUUGUUGUGUUUGCAGUGCGCCUAUCAAAUAAGUGCAAUGCAUAUGCGGCAACACAAAUCCACACCUACAUACAUAUAUACAUACUUACAUACAUACACACGCAAAUGCCUAACUGUCUUGUAUGCUUACUAAAUUGUUUAUAAUUAAAAGCCAAUAUGCAUGUUUGUUCGUUUGUAUGUAUGUGUGUAUGUGUGAAAAUGUUUUUUCUAUCCUUAACCUUUGUGUUCAACGAAUAACUGUACAGCUGCAAUUCAGCGCAUGCAUACAUACAUAUGUACAUAUGCAAACCACAAGUGAAGUGAUAUAUAGAAGGUUUGGGAUUAAGACAAACAUUAAAAACAUAAAAUAAAAUUAAUUAAAAACAAAUUGAUUUAAAAAAAAUUAAAAACAAGAAAUUGAAAAUACAAAGUGCAUAUUAAAAGUAUAUACUUACAUACACGUAAGCAACCAGUUGUUAUUGAAAUAUAACACAAACACACCCCACUGCUAUUACUUACUGGCUUAAGUGUAGUUUUCUCAGCUAUAAUAUUAUGUUAAUUAAAUAUAUGUACAUAUAUACAGUUAUGCAAAUAUGCAUACUAAUAUUUGAAAAUUAAAUGUAAGUGAAGCGCGUACCUUAUAAUUGUAUCAAGUGAACGAGUUAUGUAAGUAUGUAAAUACAUAUGUAUGUGUGCACAGAACUCAAAAAGUAAUGAGAAAAUUGGUGAAAAUGGGAGGAAAAGCCACAGCAGGAUGUACGCUAAAAAGAAAAAUGUAACAAUAGCGUUUCAAAUUUGUAUUUAAUAUUUAAAUCAGUUUUCAUUGUUUUUUUUUUAAUUUUCGAAUUAACUUUACUUGGCAUAAUUUUUUUAAAUUUUUCUUGAUAUUUUUUACUAAAUGCAAAAACAACAAUUUGGCCAAAUAUUGUAUGUAUGUAUGUACAUUGGCGAGAAAAAGAGUAUUGGAAACAAGUUUUAAAUACAAAUAAUUUUGAAUAUUUUAUUGUAAAAAAAAAGUUUUUUUUUUUUGUAAUUUUUCUUGACAUUUUUGAUAUUUUUUUUAAUAAUUUUUCAUUUUUCGUGACAUUUUUAGUAUUUUUUAAGUAAAUGCAAUUACACAAUAAUAUGGCCGAAUAUACAUACAUGUGUAUGUAUGUAUGUAUGUACAUUGGUAAGAAAAAAGUAUUGGAAACAAGUUUUAAAUACAAACAUUUUUGGAAAAAGGUGAAUAUAUGUUUUUUUUGUAAUUUUUCUUGACAUUUGUGAUAUUUUUAGUAAUUUUUUAAAUUUUCUUAUUUAAUUGUUUUUAAUUUUUUUUUUUUAAUCAAUGCAAUUUUGAUAUGUUUUAAGUAAAUGCAAAAACACAACAGAUUAGCGGAAUAUACAUAUGUAUGUAAAACGUAAAAAAACAGAUUUUAGAUUUUCGUAAAUAUCACCAAUAACGUUGUUUUUUCUUGUUUGUGAAGAGUAUUUAAAGAAAUAUUAUAUGUUUAAGUCAAAAACUAAUUUUCCAACAUUUUAAAUUUUAACUAAUUUUUUUUUAAUAUAAGCAAGGGUAUAUUCUUGCAGUGUGUUUCGCUUUUCAUGCAAGUUUGUAUGUGUGCAAAAGCAAGGCAGCAGUUUGGGUAUAGCAAAUAAGGCAACGGGUAGGGAAUCAGCAGGCAAAUAUAAAAUUAAGACAACAAAAUAUCAUGACAUAAAUAAAUAAAAAUAUCAUGUCUUGAAAUAAGAAUUUCGUAAUACAAGAAAAUCAAUAAAACUGUCAAGGGAAGAGUUUUAGCAGUAAAAAUGUCAUGUAAUAAAAAAUAUAUGUCAUGCAACAAUUAAAUAAAAAUGUCAGGGGUAGAAAAAUUUGACAUUUGCAGUAGCUCAAGAAAGAUAAAGCACAACACACACUCAUAAAUAUGUAUGUGUGCACAUGUGAAUCAAAUACUCAUGUGUCCAUAUGCAUGUGUGUGAGUGUUUGUGUAAGGCAGGGAAUACCACAUGUGCAGUUGAGCUUGCUUGCAAAUAUACAUAUGUGUAUGUAUGUUUGUCAAAGCGUGUCUGAUUGUUAUGUAUAUAUGUAUGUAUGUAAGUACUUAGCUGUAGUUGUGCAUAAAAAUUCAACUGUUAUACGAUUUAAGAAGAAUGGGCUAAGUAAAAAUUGCAAAACAAAAAAAAACACUAAAACAAUACGUAUGUAUGUAGUACACAUGUGUAUAUUAAAAAACAAAAAAAAAAAAAAACAAAGAGCAAAGAAAUUAUAUUGAAAAUAGCAAAAACAAAAAAAAUGUAUACAUGCAUAUAUAUAUUAAAAUUAAUGAAUAAUAUAUUAAUAUAGUUUAUUAAAUUUAAAGUAAAAAAAAAACAAAAACAACUACAAAAUAGGCAUUGUUGAACACCGUGUAACGAAAUGAAAAAUGUGAACCUGUUGAAAAAGUGAUUUUAAAUAUAAGCAAAAGAAAAAAUCUUUAAACGUUUAAGUUUUAAUUGUUAUAAAAUACUUACAAGCAAAACAAAGCAAAUGAAAUGAAAAAUACAAAAACAAAAAAAAGAAAAUGAUAAACAAAACGUUCAUCCACACACACACACAGUUAGUUUUUAAAUAUAACUACUAAUUAAUUCUGCUGUUAUUAUUAUUAUUACUACAAUUACAAUUAUCAUUUUCAUCUCAGAGAUGUGUUUCAAACAAAAACAACAAACAAAUAUUAAAACAUUUUGUAAUAAACUUCUAUUACACUCCUGACUCAUUUAAACUCGCA